AUGACGCCAAAAGAAAGGAAAAAGCGGGUAGCUGCUUCGCUACAGAAGCAGGCUGCAAAGAAGGAGAAAGGAGGACUAAACACUGUUGCCCUCGUUUGCAUAAGUGCAGCUGUUGCAAUCAUCGCUUAUGUGACCUAUACAGAAUUCUACGCUGCUCGUCCAUUACUCAAGCUUCAUCCUCGAAUUGUUGGACCUCCUGUAGAAAAUAAGAAAUGGGGUUCAUAUCGUUCUCACACUUACUUCGGCUUACGCACAAAAGAUCCGCGAUCACCCCUGUUUGGAGUGAUGUGGUACGAACAGCCUGAUGUUCUGCAAAUGCCUCAUAUGCGACAUUGGUGUGAUCAAGGCGAUGAUCUGAAACAUUAUGGUUGGUAUGCAGCUGACGGUCGCACGUUUGGCCGCCAAAAUGUCACUGAACAUUAUGGAACGUUGAGUUUCGAUUGGAUCAAUCAGGGCGAAUCGUUUACGGCAAGAAUUCGUGCGGACACCAACACGAGAUACACUAUAAUAGUGUACUUGGUCGCUCAG